AUGUCCUUCCCCACCCAGGCCGCAGCCCGCGUCUGCAGACAAUUCUCCGGCUCCGUCCGCCCAUCCUCCCUGCGCAUCGCGACUUCAUACACAGCCCGCCGCACACCUGCCAGCCGACGAUGGGAGUCUACCGAGGCCGCGGCUGCUGCUCCUAGCAACCCCAAGAUCGCACAGAUUGUCGACCAGAUCAGCACAUUGACUCUCCUCGAAACUGCCGACCUCGUGUCUAGCUUGAAGACCCGCCUGAACAUCCCCGACCUUCCCGUUGGUGGCUUCGCCAUGGCCCCCGGCGCCGGUGCCCCCGGAGCCGCUGCGGCCGUUGAGGAGGAAGAGGCCGCGCCCGCCGCCGCCGAGAAGACGUUGUUCAACCUGAAGCUCGAGUCUUUCGAGGCCGCCUCCAAGCCCAAGGUCAUCAAGGAGAUCAAGAACAUGAUGGGUCUUUCCCUGGUGGACAGCAAGAAGUUCGUCGAGAGCGCGCCGAAGGUGUUGAAGGAGUCUGUUCCCAAGGAGGAGGCCGAGAAGAUCAUCGAGACGCUUAAGGCUAUUGGUGCUAAGGUCAUUAUGGAGUAA